CUCUCUCUCUCUCUCUCUCUCUCACACACACACACACACACACAGUUCUUGCAGCAAAUGCAUAAUUGUUAAAGUUAAAACCAGUACUGGAGGUGUUGUGUUAACAGUAACUUUGAUCAGAGAUGAAAGGAAUCGAUCUCUUUUGUGCAUCUCCAGCCUCCACAGCCAUAUGUGUGAGCUUCGACAAAAGCUCUGUGGUUCUACAAGGUGGUCGGGCAAUAGAUCGCCACAAUCCCCAUCUUAGGGACUCAAGAAGAAGCAGAAGAGGCCUUCACAACACCCCAUCUUCCUCCUAUCCCUCUCAUUCUCAUUCUCAUUCUCAACCUCAACCACCCACAAAAUCCAAACCUUACCCUCAAAAUCGAAAUCAAAAGAAGACUACAAGAAAGAGCUCUGCUAAGGCUACUGAUCUAAUCAGCCCACCUGGUUCCUCUAGAUAUCUCUUGAGUGAUACCUCUUUCUUCGAUGUUUAUUCGGAUUUUGAUGAUCCAAUCUCCUCUUUAGUUCCUGCUAAACCCUCAAGGUCUCUUUCUUUAAACCCUGAUGAUUCUUCUGCUUUGAAACCUUCUUCUUCUUCUUCCUUGAUUUCCUCCUCAUCUCUGGCCUUGAAAGCUUCUUCUUUGUCAACCCUUUCACAACCAUCUCCUGCUUUAAAACCUUCUUCUUCAAGUCGGUAUUGUGACCAGGUUGGUUUACCUUCUUCUUCUUCUUCAACUCGCUCUCAUGACCAGGUUAGUCUACCUCCUCCUUCAACUAGCUCUCAUGAUCACCAGGUUGUGGUUUUGAGGGUGUCAUUGCACUGCAAGGGCUGUGAAGGGAAAGUGAGGAAACACAUCUCUAGAAUGGAAGGGGUGACAUCCUUUAGCAUAGACUUUGCAACAAAGAAAGUGACAGUGAUCGGGAAUGUAACGCCGUUGGGUGUGCUUGCGAGUGUCUCGAGGGUAAAGAAUGCACAAAUCUGGCCGUCACCGUCUUCACCAUCACCGGUUGCCUCGAGUUAUUAACAGAGUGAAGGAAGACGAAAAAAAUGUAGUUUAUAAAAGCACUAGAGUUUUAUAUGUGUAGUGUGGUGUAAUUAUGUUAUGCUAAAGACCAAAUGCUGUAAUUAAUUAAUUAAUUAAUGUAAUUUAAUUUUAGUGA